UCUUCCAUGGUGGAGUACCAGACAGCAGAGUUGAAACGGGAGCUUGAAAAAGUGAGAAGCAGAAAAACAAAUCUAGAACGGCGGAAGAAAGCGUCUGCUUGGGAAAGGAAUCUAGUCUAUCCAGCUGUUAUGAUAUUGCUACUGAUUGAGACAUCCAUCUCAGUCCUCUUAGUUGCUUUCAACAUUCUUUACCUGUUGGUUGAUGAGACGGCAAUGCCAAAGGGAUCAGGGGGGCCUGGAAUAGGAAAUGCCUCUCUAUCCACCUUUGGUUUUGUGGGAGCAGCACUUGAAAUCAUUCUGAUUUUCUAUCUUAUGGUGUCCUCUGUCGUCGGCUUCUACAGUCUUCGGUUUUUUGAAAAUUUCACUCCCAGGAAGGAUGACACAACUAUGACAAAGAUCAUUGGAAACUGUGUCUCAAUCUUAGUGCUGAGCUCUGCUUUGCCAGUGAUGUCAAGAACGUUGGGAAUCACCAGAUUUGAUCUGCUUGGAGACUUUGGAAGGUUUAACUGGCUGGGAAACUUCUAUAUUGUGUUAUCUUACAACUUGCUCUUUGCUAUUGUGACAACAUUAUGUCUGGUCAGAAAAUUCACUUCUGCUGUGAGAGAAGAGCUCCUGAAGGCAUUAGGAUUAGAUAAACUUCAUCUGUCCAGCAAUCCAAGAGACUCAGAGACAAAGCCGUCUGCAAAUGGGCACCAGAAAACACUGUGAUUAACAAUCACCUGCAAUCAACAGAGCUGAAGACAUCAACCUCAUGGCAUUCCGGUCAUCUCAUCAGCAUUUUUAUACUAAGUUUAUUUGUUGAUAAUUCGGGUCCAACCUGGUCUCAGUUUUUUUUUUUUUUUUUGAUGCUGUGUGCUUCUGAGGAAGUUAGGUAUAUAAGAUUCUUCUCUUUCCAGUGAACUUUUGGUCUGCUUGUUUAUUUCUGAGUAAGUUAAUGCAGGAGGUGCCUUGAAGACUGGAAGCUGAAGAGAACAACGCAUUCCUUUUUGACAGUCUCACAUCUUAGAUAUAAACCUGCUACCAUUUGAAUGCACAGUACCUCCUGUGUUAUACAGACACAGCUAUAAGGAAUAACUUUGG